AUGGCUGUGUCUAACAAUGUAGCUGCAAGCUCGAUCCGUCAGAACUUCCUCCGUCAAGGCAGCAGUAGCAGCGGACACCAUCGCGACAUGAGUAACGGAGCGCAGGGCGGCAACGGCACCGCCGAGCCGAACGAGCGCUCUCAUCUGCUUGGUCGCAUCGGCACCACAGACUCGGGCACACCAUACUACAAACACGAGAACCCUGCCAUCCGAUACCCGUCGCUCGUUGCGCAUACAACAUGGGAAAUAUUGAAGACAAAUUACGUCAACGUCCUGCUGGUCUUUGUACCGCUCGGCAUUAUCGCUGGUGUGCUGGACUGGUCGCCAGUACUCCAAUUCACCUUGAACUUCGUGGCUAUUAUCCCAUUGGCUUCGCUGCUGGCCUUUGCGACUGAAGAGCUCGCGGUCCCACUGGGCCAGACAAUAGGAGGCCUUCUCAACGCUACUUUUGGCAAUGCAGUUGAGCUUAUUGUCUCCAUUAUUGCUCUGCGCAACAACGAAAUCCGAAUCGUCCAAGCCAGCAUGCUGGGCAGUAUUCUGUCCAAUAUCCUCCUCGUCCUCGGCUGCUGCUUCCUAGCCGGCGGCAUCAAAUACAAAGAGCAAUCGUUCAAUAGCACAGUCGCGUCAACCAUGUCAUCUCUUAUGACAGUCGCCACGGCAUCUCUGAUUAUCCCAGCAACGCUCUAUGCUGUCAUGGCGAACAAGGACAACCAAACACAGGAGGACAACAUCAUGGUCCUGUCCCGCGGCACGGCCAUCAUCCUGCUCUUCAUCUACGUUUCCUACCUCUACUUCCAGCUCAAGUCGCACGCCGACCUCUUCGACGACGCCGAAGCGCAAGACGGCGAGGAGGAAGGCGCUACAUUACUAGGCCCAUGGGCCGCUGGAGCCGUCCUCGUGGUCAUCACCGUCGGAGUCGCCAUUUGCGCCGAAUACCUAGUCGACAGCAUCGACGCCAUCGUCGAGGAAGCGCACAUCAGCAAGACCUUCAUCGGUCUUAUUCUCAUCCCCAUCGUCGGCAACGCCGCCGAACACGUCACUGCGGUGAUUGUCGCCUACAAGAACAAGAUGGAUCUCGCUAUUGGCGUCGCCAUUGGUUCGAGCUUGCAGAUCGCCCUCUUCGUUACGCCGUUCCUGGUCGUGCUGGGGUGGGCUAUGGACAGGCCUAUGACUCUGCAUUUCGAGACGUUCGAGACAGUCAGCUUCUUCUUGGCUAGCUUGGUUGUUGUCUUGCUCAUCCAGGAUGGCAAGAGUAAUUGGCUGGAGGGACUGCUGUGCUUGGGAAUGUACAUCAUCAUUGCUCUGGCUUUCUGGGUCUUGCCGGACGACGCGGCGCCUCCUGGAAGUGGUGGCAAGAGUUUGGGUGGUCUGAGUGCUCUUCUCGGCGGAUCAUGA